AUGAAGUCCACUCGCAAGACACCCAGGACUUCAAAAACCACCCAUUUGGUUAACAGAGACAGACUCAGCAACUUGCCGAAAGAUAUUCUUCACUACAUCCUCUCCUUCCUUGAAACCAGGGAAGUUAUACGACUAAGCGAAUUGUCAAGAAGAUGGAGACGCGUUUGGGCUUCAAUGCCUUACUUAAAUUUCGAACAAUCCUCAUUUGAUUCAGCAGAAAGUUUCUGUGACUUCUUAUGGUUGGUACUACUUUUCCGGGAUGUGUCCGAUAUUAAACGUUUCCGUCUAUCAUGUGAAGGAUAUCGUGAAGAUGGAAUUCCUGUACAUGUGCUUAAAACACUUCUCUUGGUGGUCAAGAAUCGUGGGGUCGUUGUGCUUGAUCUUGAUAUCGCUACUUUUCAAUAUCAAUAUGACAAUAACUUUCAAUUGCUGAGUUGUUUUGCUGAUUGUAGGUCGUUACCUGAAAUAAACUUGAGAUUGUUUGACUACUCGCAGUUAAGUUGUAUUGAUUCAAUGAGUUUCACGAUGCUGAAAACUCUACAUAUUGAAAAAUCACAAUUCUAUCGAGGUGUAACUUAUCGUGAAAAGCUCGUUUUAUGCUGUCCACACCUUGAAAACUUCUUGUUGAAAAACUGCAACAUGCUUAACCUCAAAGUUAUUGACAUAGAAGCUGUUAAUCUUAAGAAUCUGAAGUUUAUGAACACCAGCAAAUAUCCAUUUCGUGGCGAGCUCAAGAUUUCUGCACCAAAUCUCAGGUGCUUAUCUUAUCUUGGUCCUACUUUGAAGGGAUACUCUUUCCAGAAUUUAUCAUCACUGAACAAAGCUUUAAUUCAUCACUUCACCGAGAGGGUUAACAAUGAAGAGGACGGUUGUUUUUUAUUUUCUCUUGUCUGUGCAUUGUAUAACGCUGAAGUUCUAUAUUUGUCCAGCCACUUCGCGCAGCACCUGUCUCAUCUGACUUAUAAAGAAAGAUGCUUUCCUCCUACAUUCCUUAGAUUGAAGUCCUUGACUCUGAGCAUAGGACUGCGUCGGCGCAAUAUCAAAGGGCUAGUCCACUUGCUCAAGUACUCACCAAUCUUAGAAGCACUUCGUAUUGAUUUUGAGGAGCAAAUGAAAAAUCGGAAACUAGAAGACACCAAUCAAACACAUGAUAUGAAACGGAAACUACAAAAUACCAAAUGGAAACUACGGGAUACCAGACUAAAGGAUACAACACUACUACAGGGGCUUAAGUGUGAAUCUUCAAAGGAGAUGUUGGAACAUAAAGUCACAUGUUUAACCCACCAUCUCAAGAAGGUGGAGAUCAAUAGUUUUGUUUGGAAGAAAAUAGCUUCUAAAUUGGUUAAGUAUUUGCUCAAGAACGGAAAGGUAUUGGAAAAAAUAACUAUUUCUUGCCGGGAUUACGUACUAGGGAACAAAAGGUUCGCAAGGAAGCUAGGAGCAUCCCCAAAUGUUUCUAUAUCAUUUCCCUCUUUUAUGGAGAGAAAACCAUUAUGGUUUGAAGUUGAAGAUGAUGGUUCCGAUGAUGAUUCCGAUGAUGGUUCCGAUGAUGAUUCCGAUGAUGAUUCCGAUGAUAGUAUGGAUGAAACUUAAUGAUUUUGAAGAUAGAAGGUCCUGCCAACUAGUAAUAAUUUAUUGAAAAGGUAAAGAACAGAGGUCAAGAAUUUGAAAUGAAGUCCUGCACCACAGAU